AUGGCUACUCACAAAGACGUUGAUAUUCCCACUUAUGAUGGCCUGAAGCUCAAGGGAACUCUGUUCUCUGUCGGUCAGAAAAAGCCAUGUAUUAUCAUGUCAAGCGGAUGGUCAGGACUGCGAUCCCAUUUUCUGCCCGAGUUUGCAGCACGAUUUAACAAAGCUGGCUAUGGUGUUCUAACCUACGAUAACCGGUGUUGGGGAGAUAGCGAAGGUCUUCCCCGGGAACAGGUCGAUCCAACCUUGCAAACACGCGAUUACCUCGACGUCUUCAACUUUGCGGUCACUCAGCCCGAAGUAGACCCUACCAAAGUCAUCUACUGGGGGCCUAGUAUGUCCGGCGGAAACGCCAUCUGCGCAGCAGCAGUGAACCACAAUAUUGCUGGCGUCAUCUUGCAAGUCCCCUUCAUCUCAGGCGAGUGGCUCUCUCGUAUGCCAGGCGCUUCGACAAGCUUACUCCUCGGCGAACGCGCCAAGGCCACAGCGGAAGGGUCUCCCUCCAAGAUCCCCAACUUCCCCAGUUCCCUUGAUGAGCUUAACAGCGGCGCCUCACAAGCUGUUCUCAAGGAUCCGCAGUCGAUUCCAUUUAUUGGUGAAAUGGAACAGCGAGGACUUGACUGGUCUAAGACGUGUACGGUGCAGAGUCUAACAUACGCUCUGCUUCACGAGCCACUGGCUUAUAUCCAUCGUAUCUCGCCGACGCCUAUGUUGAUGAUCGUUGCUGAUCAGGAUGUUACGACGCAGCCUCAUUUGCAGCUCGAGGCUUAUAACAAGGCACUGGAACCAAAGAAGCUUGUUGUUCUCAAGGGCAUGGGUCACUUUUCACCUUACUUUGGUACGCCUUUUGAGGAAAACGUGCAGGCCCAGAUUUCAUAUCUCGAUGAGCUCUUUGCGUGA